AUUUGUAGGAUUCGAAUAUGUGAAAUUAUGAAUAUAAUACAACAUAAAUGAUCAUUAAUCAAAGUAGAUCCUUGAUGUGUAGACCAAAGAGCUAUUAGGACUUUGAGGAGAUUUAUCAGUGAUGUGAGAGACACAGUAAUCUGAAAUCCAGAAGGUAUACUGUACGACGAGUAUCUGCUCUAUAUGAGAAGCUUUUAUUGCCCUUUCAAUGGAAAGACUAAUGAACGUUCGUCAUUGAAUAUAACUGUUUUCUUGUUCACGCAUCUAGAGAGUAGCACCGGCAGCAGUGUUUUUGCCUAUCAAAAAUAAUGGCAGCGACCAUUCUAAGUGCGCUACUUUUUACAGCGUCGCAGAAGACACCGGAAACCUUUGCUAAAGUAAUCACAGCAACAGCUUAAUUAACUUCCCACCAUCUUUUUGUUUAUUUUGAUGUUCAGUUUUUGAUGUUCAGUAGGCAUGGAACAUGAAUUAUAAGGGGUGCACAGCUUGAUUUUUGCCAUCUCAUACCAAAAAGUUUUAAUGAUUUUAUGAAUUUGUUAUUACUAAUUCUAAUACUAUUAUGGGUGGCAUGUGCCGCACAUCUAUUAACCUGCCUUGGGUAUACUUUAGAACCUUAUUCGUCUCCGAGAUUGGGAGACUGCCAGUUUUCUUUACAUGAUAUCAAUACAGGAUCCAACACAUUCCCUAUGUUGUCUUACCGAGUUUUGACAAAGAAUACAGAGAACGAGCCGUUGUAAAAUGGAUUGGUACUGGUGAUUUAAUUAUGAUUUAAAAAUGUAAGGGGGCCAAUCGCAAAUGAACCGUGAAUUUAUUUUGUUUUUUUUUGACUAUUUUUUAUUGAUUAAACACUAUAAAUGCACCUCUUCUCUUCCAAAAAAACGUUGUGAGCACGCUGACAUUGCUGAUUCAGAAAGAAAGAGGUGACUUGUGUUAUCUUAUUAUUUUGUUUUUCUGCGUUGAUCUGUUUCUUUUUACAUUGAUUUGGUGACUUGAAUGUUGCUCUUAAUUAGAUCUAUAUAUGUAAUCAAGAUUAAGAAGCUCUCUGACUUAUUAUAUAACUUGUUGUCAUUGACAACCUUUAUUGAUUUAGUUUGGUUGUUAAGGCCAAACACUGGAUCAUUUCGUUGUUACUUGUUAUGGACUUCUUUAAUUCGAGGAUUCAAUCCUCGAUAGAACCAUCUACAUGAUAUCGUCCUAUCGAAAAGUUUAGAUUGGUGAUCAUUGAGUUUCGUAAAGACUGAAUUUAAAUAUGUUUUGUGCAGAAAAGAUGAAAAACAUACAUUUGGUUAAGAAUCUUUUUUUUUUUGUUCAAAAACAUUUGGUUAAGAAUCUAAACAUUGAAUUCAGAAAAUUUUGGUUUAAAAAUCUAAACAUUUAAUAUAAAGACUUAACGGCCAAGCUGAUGUAAAAUCUAAACAUUUUAUUUUUAUUGUUAUUUUCAUCUGAUAUACGUUUGGUUUAGAUCAAUUAUACGCUCCAUUCUUUUAUAGUUGAGAAUGUAAAUGUCAUUAAAAUAAAAUGUAAGCUAUAUUUCAAACUUAUAAAAGACUUGAGGGUAAUUUUAAAUUCAAACAUAAUUUGGGGUAUUCUAUCAAAUAAUCUCUAAUUUCUAGCACAGGUUUUGAUAAUUUCUGUCUUGCAUUGCAUUUCUUCACUCUUGUUCGUGGCUGAUUCUUGAAAAUUGCUAUUCAUGCCUGCAUUAUACUCUAGUGCUCUUAUUAGCCAAUAUUUCUCACAAGCUUUAGGGUUUUGAUUUUUGUGGAGUGAUUUGUUUUAGGGUUUUGGAUAGCUUAUUUCUUUGUUGAAUUAUGUUGACAGGAAGUAUGGCAUGCAUGAAGCUGGGAUCAAAAUCAGAUUCAUUCAAAAGACAAGGCCAGGAUUGGUUUCGCACAAGUGGACUUCCAACUGAUAUCAUCAUUGAAGUUGGAGAGGUGUCUUUCCAUCUCCACAAGUUUCCCUUGCUCUCAAGAAGUGGAGUCAUGGAAAGAAGGAUUGCAGAGGCGUCUAAAGAAGGUGAUGACAAAUGUCUCAUUCAGAUUUCUGAUUUUCCUGGCGGAGACAAAACUUUUGAGCUGGUCGCCAAGUUCUGCUAUGGUGUGAAGCUCGAACUCACUGCCUCCAACGUUGUAUGCCUCAGAUGCGCUGCUAAGCAUCUCGAAAUGACAGAGGAGUAUGGGGAAGGAAACCUAAUUUCCCAAACCGGAAAGUUUUUCAAUCAAGUCGUCUUCAAAAGCUGGAAAUAUUCAAUAAAAGCCCUUCAAUGCUGCGAUGAGGUCCUCAAGUACGCUGAUGAAUUCAACAUUACCAAGAAAUGCAUCGAAUCAUUAGCCAUGAGAGCAUUGGCAGAUCCAAACUCGUUCGUGGAGUAUGGUGGGCCCAUGCAGAGUCCAGGUGGCAGCGUUUUAUGGAACGGGAUAAGCACAGGGGCUAGACGUGAAGACACUAGUUCAGAUUGGUGGUACGAGGACGCAUCGAUGGUUAGUUUUGCUCUUUUUAAGAGACUUAUCACACUCAUGGAUUCCCGAGGAAUAAGAGAAGAAAUCGUCGCCGGUUCCCUAACCUAUUACACCAGAAAAUACUUGCCUGUCUUAAAACGACGACGUCACAGUGGUAGUUCUUCCAUCACACCUUUGAGCACGGGGAGUGUAUUGUCUGAAGAAGAGCAGAAACACUUGCUUGAAGAGAUUCAGGAGCUUGAUCUUCCCUGUAUGCAAAAAGGUUUACUUCCGACCAAGUUUUUCGUAGACAUGCUUAUAAUCGCCAAGAUUCUGAAAGCUAGUCCGAGUUGCAUAGAGAAUCUGGAGAAGCGGAUAGGGAGGCAGCUUGACCAGGCGACGUUGGAAGAUCUUGUAAUGCCUAGCUUUUCUCAUACUGUUGAGACUUUAUAUGACGUUGACUCUGUGCAAAGGAUCCUGGACCACUUUCUUAGUUGGGAUCAUACUAUGCCCGUAGGGGCUAGCUCCUCGUGUUCUUCAGUAGAUGACGGGAAUUUAAACGAAUCCUCACAGUCAAUGACAGCUGUUGCGAAGCUGAUAGAUGGGUAUCUUGCUGAAGUGGCUCCUGAUGCCAAUCUCAAGCUUCCAAAGUUCCAAGCUUUAGCCGCUUCGGUUCCUGAUUACGCCAGACUCUUAGAUGACGGGCUCUAUCGUGCAAUAGACAUUUACCUAAAGCAUCAUCCGUGGUUAGCGGAAAAAGAAAGAGAGGAUCUUUGUAGGUUGUUAGACUGCCAAAAGCUCUCUACGGAAGCUUGCACACACGCAGCACAGAACGAGAGGUUGCCUCUAAGAAUAAUAGUCCAAGUGCUCUUCAUUGAGCAGCUUCAGCUCAAGGCCUCUGUUGCUGAAUACCUCCCGGUUUUAGGCAGCCUCGUUGGCCGGUCAAGAAAGUUAGGAAGCGACGGAUUUUCAGGAGAAUCAACCAAAGGAGGAUGGGAAACCGCAGUACGAGAGAAUCAAGACCUGAAAGUUGGAAUGGACAAAAUGAGAAUGCGGGUUUGCGAGUUAGAGAAAGAAUGUUCAAAAAUGAGACAGGAGAUAGAGAAACUCGAUAAGACAACAAAGGGUGGUGGUGCUUUUGGAAGCGGCAGCAAAACGUGGGAAAACGUUUCUAAGAAACUCGGAUUCGGUAUGAAGCUGAAGUCACAUCAAAUGGACAGUGCUCAAAAAGUAUCCAGCUUAAAGUCUAACAACGAGAAUGCGAAGAUAGAGAAGCUUAAGGAUGUCAAAGAACGUCAAGAGAAGUAUUAGUUCGGAAAGGUGAGAAAUGGAAAAAGUUCCAUCGAUUGAUUGUCAAGUUACCUUGGAAAUUGGAAUUGUUUAGCUUUUAAGAAGAAAAAGAACCGUUUGUUGUUAAAAUGUGUGUAUCUUAUCUUUCAAGACCAAUCUAUGUUCUUUUAGGUAUCUUAUUUUUUUGGAUCAAAAUAGGUGGUAAAGAAAAUCUCAAUUAACCUCCACAAUUCUAAAUGAAAUUAUGAAGAGACAAUUAUAUCCUUUGCCCGGUUAUACAAUGAUUUAAAUGAAUAAUUUUUGAAUAACGAGAACAUUCAAAUUUAGUAGGAUCCAAUUUCGAAAAAAAGAGUUCAUUUCUCUUUCUUAAAAAUUGAUAUAAUUGUUUGAGACAACUGAGAUAACAGCAACUGAAACAAUUAAUAGAAUUGGAACAAGUACAAAACUGAUACAAUUAGUACAACUAAGGUCAAUAAUACAAUUGAGAUUGAAAAAAAAAACAUUUGCAAGCAUAUUUCAAGCUGGUUUGAUAGUAAAAACUCCAGAUGUUAAUUGUGUUUCGGUUCUGUGACUCUUAUGUGUUUGAGGAUGUUGUUUGUGUUCAAUUUGUGUAACGUUUGGGAUGUUCUUUUGUUUAGUAAUAAAGGCUGUUCGUUUGGUUGCCGCAGGUACCGGCGGCAGCGGCAGCGUCAACAUUCUGCGUCAAUUUUUGUUCGUUUCGUUGACGCAGGAAGCUGCAUCUGACGCCGCGUCCGAACGCCGCGUCCUGCGGCUGACGCCGAUAAAACUUGCGGUCGCGAUAUAGUAUGCGGCAGCGUCAGCGGCAGCGUCAGCGGCAGCGUCAGCGUCUGCGAAACGAACAACAACUGUCCUCAUUGACGCUGCCGCCGCCGCUGACGCUGCCGCUGACGCCGAAACCUGCGGCAACCAAACGAACAGGGCUAUACUAGAUACGAUUGUGAUAUGCUCAAAUAUAGUCUGAGCUACUUUAAAAAUUUAUAGGUGCAAUAGUAGUAUGUAGGGUCAAAUCCACUGAGACUCAAAAUCACUCAAUAAAUAUCAAUUUUUGAAUUAAGUUAAACAAAGAAGAAUGUUAUACAAAUAAAAGAGAAAUAAAAAUGGUUGUAAGUUAGAUUAGGAAAAACGCUAGACUUAAGGAUAUUCUCAUGUAAAUCAGAAUUGCAGAUCAAACAAUUUGCUAAGAGUUUAUGAAGAACAAUUUUGAACUCAAAUCACAAUAUUUAAAUUAAUCAACUUUCGUUGCAGAAAUUAUAUAUGUCUAGAUCCUAGAAUUGUAAUGUUUUUCAAAUUUAACAGUUAAGACAAGCAUUAAAUACAUGUUUGAUAAGUUCACAAAAUCCAUAAACCAAAUUUCUUUGCAGAUAAGUAUUUUCCUCUUCUAAUAUUAAAUCAGGAAAUCAAUAACACUUUUAUAUCUACCAAUUAUCCUAAAAUCUAAAUUUUAGGUUGUCAAUCCACAACUAGCAUUAGGUUCAAUCUAGAUGAAGAAUAGAAGAUUAGAAUAAUUCAUCCUUAAGCAUUGAAAAACUCUAAAUCUAACAAAUAGACUACUCAGACAUAUUCAAUGAAACAUAAAUCAUUACUUGAAUAAAUUGCAUUAAAAAUAAAUAAAUAAAGAAGUUCGAAAUCUUCUCUUUGUGAAUUUUGAUUUGUCUCUAAAAAACAUUAAGAAAUCUCUCACCCAGUAUGAAUUCUCAUACAAUAACUCUUAAAAAAAAAACUAAAUAUGUCUAAAACACAAAAUAACUUAUUUGCAAAUAAGCAUAAACUUUUGAUCAGUCUUAAAUUUUUUUAACUUGUUAAAAACUCGUAGAGAACUGUUGUCUAUGAUGGGUGUUCACCGACACAAAUGUGUGGUGUUGACCAACACCAACUCCAAAGAUGCAAUCUCGACUUGUUCUUUUCAGCUGCAACUCUCCUUCAUGGUCCAAAGUGCUUCAAAAAUUUCAAUUUUGUCCACAACUUACAUGAACCUGUAAUGACCCAAAGCUACUUGAAAAUACCAAAAAGACUCUGAUCCACUAAAAUAUUAUAUAUCAACUCCCCAAACUUAGUUUUUGCUUAUCCUCAAGCAAAACAUGAGACUAAACAGGUAAAAGAAGUUUGAAAAAAUGACACUCACAUAUAUUCUGAACAACAUUUUUACCUCAAUCAGUGUAAGCCACAUCAACUAGUACCAACCUUAGAAGGUAUUUCCAUGUAUUCGAUCUCUACUUAACAACCUAACCAUUUCAGCCCACAGUUCAUAAGAGAUAUCUAAAUUCACCACUAUUGACUUUAUUUAAAGAGUUUAAAGUGCAGUCUCAUCGAAGGAAAAUCGAUCACAAGAGACAUGGACUCUUACCCAUUCAGGUUUCUGAUCACACAAUAUUCUUACUUUGGUUUAUUUCUUCUCUUUUUCUCACCUCAUUUAGUUUAUUUAUCCCUACUUUACAUGAUAUCAUUUUAUUUUUCUAUUGAUUGAGUUUAUUGGACAUGCUUCCAUGAGAUACAAAUACUAAUGGGGAUAACCAUUGAGUGUCUGGUUUACAUUUUUCUUAUAAUGUUUAUCCUUUUAACCAUUGAGUUGUAUUGUCUUCAAUCAAUAACUGAAAAAAUGGUCACUAAAGCGUCAAUUAGACGAUUAGUUCCAAGAAAAUGUCAUAGUUCCCGACUAACUUUGACUCAAUUAAACGACACAAUUAACACUCAAAAACAAACACAGCGUUACCAACUACUUCCCCAAGACACAAGUAUAUAUUUGCUAUUUAACAAUAAUUAAAAAAUUAUUUAUAUAUUUACAAAGUAUUAGUACUUUUAAAAACUGUAUAUUUAUAUUUUUCAUAAAAAGAGAUAUUAAAAUUUAUUAGAUCGGAAUAAGAAAAAUAAGUAUGAAUAUCUUUUCAGUUAAUUUAUUUUAAAUAUUUAGAUAUUUAGUUGAAUAGUUAAAUUGUUAAAAAAUAUUAAAAACAUAGUCAAUAUAAACGUAUAAAUUUGAUUUAUCACACAAUAAACCAAUAGAUUCUUUUUUACACCUUCUUGUUUUAAGACCCCCAUAUCAUGUAGAGAUCGAAAUGUUAUAUUUAGGGUCUGACUGGUGUAACCACAGCUGUAGCGGUUGCGGGAGUUUGCAGAUGCGGAUGGUUGCGGUUUUAAGUGGUUUUAAGAGAUAUUUAUGACUGGUAAAUCACCAAAUACAACAGCGGUUAAAUAAUAAAUUAACAAUAUUUAUAUUUUAUAUAAGUAUAAAAAUAUUAAAAUAUAAUAUUAUAAUAAAUAUACAAAUUAUAUUUAUAAAAUUAUAAUUUUAAAAAAUUAUAGAAGAUAUUUUUUUAAAAAAAUUAUAAUAUAAAUUAAAAUAUAAAAGAUAUAUUUUAGUAUUUCUAUUACUUCAAUUUAAAAAUUUUAUUUUUAUUGUAUUUAUAUUAUUUUUAAAAAAAGAAAAAAAAAUUAUGUUUUUGCAACCGCUGACAACCACAAACGCUAGCUAGAACCAGCUUUUGAAUUUAAAAGGUUUAAUUGUUGCAAAACGUCAACAACCGUAAAAGUUGCGUUCGCGGACGCGGGUGGUAUCAAGAAAACCAGUCAAGUCCAAUAGAAAGAUGUUAAUGAAUAUCUAAUAUUUAAAGAAAAUUAAAAAAAAAAUUAAGAAAG